AUGACCAAUUCAGGACUGCCAUGGGCCUCCACCAAAGUUUUCUCUGGCUUCGCCCUGCCCAGGCAUAGUUCACUAUCUUUCAGGUCCUAUCGCGCAUACUCACGCUCCACCUCCCUCAUGUCCUUUGAAGGUGUGAUCCUAAACGCCUGGCGGGUCUUCUUCUUCCCUUCUGAUCGAUGUAUCACACAGCGAGGGGCUGCCAGCACCCCCGCCACAGGCCGAGCCACGGACGUCAGUACUGAUUCACCGAGCCUCACUCCUCCUGCAGCAGGAGGAAAUGGAGGUGGUGGGGAUGGCGAGCAGGCAGAGGGAGGUCAGGGCGACCAGCCGCUCGUCCGUGAGCUUUGGUUCAUCGUAGUGAUGGCAGCCGUGGCUUUGCUGCUGCUGGCCAUCAUGUUGGGCGUCAUGCUCCAUAAGGCCCUGAACAAACCUCCCUUCACCAGAGAGAGGCCCCCGCUGGUGGCCCUGCCCAUGCAGAAGAGGAGCCCCAUGGCUGUUUACCCACCCAGCAACUCUGUUCUAUUCGACACUGUGCCUGACACAGCAGGCUUCUCCAACAGUGUAACACUCAAAGGCUUCACCAUGAAGAUUGAGGAAGUGCUGGAAGCUAAAUGUGAGCCUAUUGAUGAGGUCCCACCACAGGGCGAGCUGGGGAUCCUCAGUGUAAACUCUCUGAGACGAAGCGUCAGCCAGGUGAUGGAUGGGAAGUCCCUCACAGGAGACGAGGAAACGUGGGACCCAGACAUUUCAGGCCAUGACAGUGGGAUGUUUAUGGACGACGAGGAAUUCGUUGACACUGUCAAAGGUUUCAGCACAGUAAGGAAGGAGCACACCAUGUUCACUGACACCAACCUGUGACCUGAGGGUGACCUUUGAACCUGACAGGGCGCUGGCUUUGGAUGUUUAACAUUUUGACAAGCGAGGUCACUUACUCACUAAAAUCCUGACCAGUUGAAGUACCAGUGUUGCUGGUAACGACACCGUGAAAACAAAGGAAACAUGCCUAAUGACAAGAUCACGGGAGAAACUGUGGCAACUGGGAGGAAAAAGGAAGUGAGGAUGUGACAGUCCUGAUGUUAAACUGGUCAAGAUCAAUUACUUUUGAGAGGGAAGCAGGAAGCACCUAUUAGUGCUGAGAACUGAGGAUACAAACUCAGAGCACACACUGAGAAAAAGACAAAAGAAACCAAAGAUAACGUCUGAUGAUGCAACAGAAAGUAGUUGUCUGUCUAUUUUUCAUUCUAUAGAGAGAGUAUACCUUUAUUUGGUAAUUUUGU